UGUCCCUGUUUCCAGGGUUCCCCCCUCACCGUCUGUACGUGGCUGAUGAGGUCACUCUGAGGUGUAAGGAUGGCGGCACUGUUCUCAACAAUGAUGUAAAAUGGUACAAAGAUGGAGUCCAGCUCUCCGACAACAAUCGAAAUGGCAAGUUAGAAAUUGCUGCGGCGACAGUGUCGGACUCAGGGAGGUACACCUGUGAGAGUGGAGGCGAGAGGAGUGAUGAAGUGGAGAUCAAAGUGCUGGACAUGGUGCCCCUGGCAUCGCUCUCUUUUUUAAACAGAGCGAAGACUGUUCUAGGUAAAGGAGGUGCGGUUCUCAUGGAGCUCUACGUGGAGGAGGGGCUGAAUGACUGGUGGUGUCGUUAUACAGAAGGUGAAGGUGAAAAGUGGCUCCCUUUGCUGCCAGAGAAGUGGACGAACAGCAACCGCAGUGUGGUCAUACACGCUAACGUUGAACAUGUAGGCGGCAGGAUCUUCUGGUGCAUGAACACUAAGGGGAGUCCAAAGGAGGAGCGUCCACGCAGUAACGCCGUCAAGCUCACAGCUACAGAGAAAAUGGUGAUGCUGCAGAUAUCCCAAAGGCCAGCGUGGUCGGGUGAUACUGUCUCUCUGAGCUGUGAUGUGAAGGGUGGUGCACAGGUGGACCAGGCUGUGUUUUAUAAGGAUGGGACAGAAAUCAAAAACGAUGCAUCAAAGGAUACAGUUGUCAUCUCAAAUGUUGCAAAGUCUGACCAAGGCAUGUACGCCUGCAACGCCACCUACAGGUUCACCCACAUCAGUGAAGAUGCACCAACCCAUAACAUGCUCUCCGAUCAACAGAUUCUUACAGUCAUAGACGGUCCUCCUAUGGCCCACCUGGACUGUGAGAAACUGUACUGUGAGUGCCAGAAGUGUAGAGAUUCUGACUCCUACCGCUGGCAUUACACUCCCCCUGGAGAAACACGAACAGUGGUACUGGAGGAGUCUGACUACUACAUCAGCUCUAAGUGGGCUGGGACGUACACCUGCUCUGCCAAAUUUGAGGGGAUAGGCCAGUCCCGCCACAGCAACGAGUGUAUCCUGAAAGAUCCUCCUGAUGCGUUCAACGCCCAAGAAAACACUGAGGAGCAGUUAUCAGAGGUGCCUCAGGAGGCAGAGAUACAGCUGUCACAUUUGCUGCCUGACUGUGACCCUCCUCAGGCCAAGCAUUUAAGGACAGAAGAGAUGGUGGACAUCCAGCGUCAGCUUCUACAGGAGGUUUCAGCGCUUCGUAAGGUGCAGGAAGAGCUGUUGAAGGUUGAGAGAGAAAAGCUGGAACUUGAAAAAGAAAAACUACAACUGCAGAAAAAAGAAAUAUAAAGAGAAUGAGAGUGGACGGCCCAACUUCAUUGCGCCACUGGUGGUGGGGCUGUUUGUGGCAGGGUUGCUGAUACUGUUGGUGACAUUGUUUAUCUGCAACAGACUCAAGAACAAGGGUGUGGACAAUGAAUACAUGCAACAUAAAUACAAUAGUACUAAUAAUUUUUCACUUUAAAUUAAUUGCUUUCGACUUAAUCUUUUUUAAGUUUUAUUUUUGUAACUAUUUUUGCAAAUGUCUUUCUGUGGUGUCAGAUCUCAGGACCUCAUAAGUUUUAUCCUUAAUACUUUUAUUUUUCUGUGUUUGUGUAAAACACUUUGAAUUGCC